CCUCGAGACAUCACGCUGUGCUGCUCAAAGCAAGAUGGUACGCAAGCCGCAGAAGGGCGCCCCAGCCCUGCCGAACAGAGACCAUCUCGAGCGCGCGCACUUUGCGCUGCAAGCCAGCGUCUUUCUGCAGGAGCUGGGGCUCUCCGCGGGGUCGUCUUCCGACUCCGCCUCCGCCUCCUCUCCCUCCGGCCACCCCACCCCCUCCAACGCAGGCAACGCGCGCGCCCUGCCCGCCCCGCACGCCGACCUGCCCCGCCUCGCACACACGCACAUGCGUGCCUUCCGCAAAUGGACGGUGCACAACCUCGUCAAGCUCGAUCCGUCGUUCAAACACGCGUUGUGCGCCUGCAACGCCGUCCUCGUCCCCGGGCUGACGGCGCGCGUGCGCGUGCGACCCGGCGCGCACGGCCACGUCGUGUCCACGACGUGUGGGUGUGGGCGGCGCGUUGGCGUGCCGGCUGCACCGCGCCUGAGCUCGUCGAGCUCGAGCACCGCACCCGAGCCAGCAAGAGUGGAAGGAGGGGAGCUCGACGGCCCUGUGCGUGCGGCGCGCAGGAGGCGGCGCGCGCGCAUGGUGCCGUUUCAUCGACGGGAGCGGGCGGAUGAUGGGGAGGUCGAGACGGGGAAGAAGGCGAAGGCGAAGGCGAAGGGCCUGGCGGGGCCGGUACGGGAUGGCCAUGUGUUGUGGGCGGGGGGCGAGCGCGUGUCGGGCUGGGGCGAGAUGGUCGAUGAGGCGGUGGUGGACCAAGACGCGCCGGGCGAGGAACCGCCACAGACGAUGCCCGAGCCCAAGAAGCAGAAGCAGACGCAGAGGGAGAAACAGCAGAAGCAGAAGCCGCCUGACACGCCGAAAGACGCCACACCAGACGACCUCGAGGAGCUCGCGCAUAACGGCUAGUCUGGCUCGCACACGCUAGUCUGGCUCGCACGCGCUAGUCUGCUCGCACACGCUAGUCUAUGAUGCAUACAGUGAAUCUACU